AUGACUAUCAGCUCACAGCAGUGUUCCAGCUCCUCCCCAGUCGACUUGCUGACCAAUCUUCACGAUGCAACCAUAAACCCCCAGCCUUCCGUACAGACUUCCGCCGUCAGGGACGGUUGGAACCCUACCAACCCCGACACAAAAUACCGCUCGAAUCAACCCGUACCCUUGACACAACGCCCGUCGCCCGGACUUUACAGCAUCCAACGCCAAGCCACGGCUCGUGCGAGCUGCUCUCACCACGCCUUCGCCUUCACCUUUAUCCCAACGGGCCCUACGCCUACAGCUUAUCACAAGGCGUUAGACCCUGCGCUCGCCGCGCCCACGACCAGCCCGCCCGAUCACGAGGCGUUAGGCCCUGCGCCCCCUGCGGCUCGUUCCCCGACAAACGCAACCAGUCCAGCCAGCAGUUCCAAUCAAUUCAUGAACCAUCGACACCAACAGCCCCGCUUACAACCAGCCCGCAUCACUCAGUUGGGCCCCAACAACCUCCUGCACCUCUUGCUCGCCCGGUACUGA